CUAGCCGGGCAUGACUAUGCGGCUAUGCAAACAUCCAAGAUCAAACGCAAUUGCAUCUGAACCAGUAUCCGGAAAAAUGCCAAACCUCAUCACUCAUUACUUUUCUUCUGGAAGAAGCCGUAGUGGUAGUUAAUAUCGGCACUAAAUUCUCAUUCUCGCCAGCUGUGACCCCCCACACUCGCACUGAGAUUCGCGAAUUGGUUGGAUUGGAUGAACCCAACAGCAGCAGUAGAUAAAGAACUGAAAAAGAAAUAGCGUACGCGGCCGCUCAAGAACUGCGGCCUUUUUUUUCUCCUGCGACGAGACGUCACACCCACGAGCUCGUCGCUCGGCGUCGUCACGCACGCCGCGCGCCGGUCUUUUCUUCUUCCUCUUCUUCCACGAUCCCUCUUUCGUUCGGGAUCUUCCGAUCUCCAAGCGCACAGCCAGCAGAUAGGUAUUCCUGCGCUGCGGGUAUCACGGCGAAAGUCCCGGCCGUUUCAAAUUUGGUUGGGAGCGCGACGCGGCAUUGACCGGCCGUUCCGAUCGCCGCGCGCCACGAUCAUCAUGGCGUCUCGCGAAGCUCCUCUCGUCCUGCUCGUCUUCUUCAUGUUUGCGUCCAUGCUCGCCGUCGGUGCGUCAGCGGCGGCGGCGGUGGCGCCCGGCGUGAGCUCGCCGUUCGUGCUCGCGGCGGCGCGGACGCAGCGGAAGGACCCCCUGGACGGGCUGAGGUACUACACCGGCGGCUGGAACAUCAGCAGCGAGCACUACUGGGCCUCGGUGGGCUUCAGCGCGGCGCCGGUCUUCGCGGCGGCCGGAGUCUGGUUCGUCGUGUUCGGCGCCGCCCUGUUCCUCGCCGGGUGCUGCUACUGCUGCUGCCCCAGCCGCAGCACCUCCUACUCCCGCGCAGCCCUGGUCGUCUCGCUCCUGCUGCUCCUCGCAUUCACUGCCGCCGCCGCCAUCGGGUGCGCCGUCCUGUACGACGGGCAGGGCCGGUUCCACGGCAGCACGGCGGCGACGGUGGACUACGUGGUGAAGCAGUCGGGCGACACGGUGGACAACCUGCGGACCUUCUCGGAGUUCCUGGAGGCGGCGAAGGCGGCCGGCGUGGGGCCCGUCUCGCUGCCCGACGACGUCAAGGGGAGGAUCGACGACGUCGUGCGCAAGGUGGGCUCCGCCUCCGACGAGCUCGCCGCACGCACCGCCAGCAACUCCGCCAAGAUCCGAGACGCGCUGGACACAAUAAGGAAGAUCCUCAUUGUUCUUGCAGCCGGGAUGCUGAUCCUAGCCUUCGCUGGUCUUGUGUUCUCGGCGUGUGGAUUGGAGUCGCUGGUCUAUGUGUUGGUGUUCCUUGGGUGGAUUCUGGUUGCGGCAACGUUUGUGAUGUGCGGCACUUUCCUCCUCCUGCACAACGUGGCGGGGGACACGUGCGUGGCGAUGGGCGAGUGGGUGCGGCGCCCGCAGGAGCACACGGCGCUGGACGACAUCCUGCCGUGCGUGGACACGGCCGCCGCCACGGAGGCGCUCGGCCGGAGCAAGGAGGUGAACUACCGCCUGGUGGCCGUGCUCAACGGCGUCAUCUCCAACGUGUCCAACCGCGACUUCCCGCCACAGGCGCCGCUCUCGCCGCCGCUCAACUACAACCAGUCGGGCCCGCCCCUCCCGCCGCUCUGCAACCCCUACACGCCGGACCUCCGCGACCGCGCCUGCGCGCCCGGCGAGGUCGCCGGCCCGGACGCCGCUCUGCGGGCGUGGAGCGGCCAGGUGUGCCGGACGGUAAACGUUGGCGGGUCGGAGGUUUGCGCCACCGCCGGGCGCGUGACGCCGUCCAUGCUCGCGCAGAUGCUCGGCGCCGCCAACGUGAGCUACGGGCUGUCCCGCUACGGGCCGGUGCUCGUGGACCUGGCCGACUGCGCGUUCGUGCGCCGCGCGUUCCAGGCCGUCGGCGACGACCACUGCCCCGGCCUGCGGAGGUACAGCAAGCAGGUGUACAGGGGCCUGCUGGCCGUCGCGGCCGCCGGGCUGCUAUCGAUGCUGCUGUGGGUCGUGCACUCGAGGGAGAGGCGGAAGAGGAGCGAUGCCAGGGAGAUGGAGCUCAUGGCGCCGCCGCCGCCGCCGUUCAGGUACCCCCUGGAGGAGAAGGGGCUGCUGCACAGCCCGAGAAGAAGGCCGUACAUGUGAGCGUUCUACUUAUUAUUAGGCCGGAUCUCAUAUGCUAGUGAACCUCCAACCGGCAGGGGCUUCCUGCAUUAACAGUGUUGAAUAUCAUAGGAAGGCACUAAUUCAAACUUGGACCGUCAAAUGGAUCGAUCAGCUGCAGUUUUCUUGCUGCUGUGAAAGAUGCUUAUGAGUUAUGUAUGACUAACCAACCAAAAAAUUACAAAUACAAAACACCAAGGCUAAACACAAAGAUGAUUAUGAGCUUAUUAUUAGAACCUGGAACAUUGUCCCACGGCAAGAUUGUAAGAGCUACUGUAGCCGAUCCCAAAAAGUUCAA